AUGGGUGGUGGAGCUGCUGCUGCAGUAAGAAAGCUUGUUUGGCUCAUUGUUGAAUUGUUUCGAGGUAAUGUUGGUGACUGGUUUGAUUUUCGAUUGAAAGACGCAGACAAAGAGCAGGAGGAAUUGAAGGAAGUGGCAGGAGAGAAGGAAGGAGAUGAUGGAGAAGAAGGAGGCGGUGAAGAGCAAGCAGCAAACGAUGACAGGGCGGAGGAAGUGGAAGGUGAAGUGGUGGCGGCGGCGGCGGCUGAGGAAGCGCCGGGUGCAGAGGCGGCAGAGUCGGCGCCUCAGACGGGAGACAGCGAUCCCGUCGCAGAUGUCGACGGCGCAGCGAGCAACAGCAACCGCCACAACAGACCGUCUGCGCGACGUCGAGACAAGUCCACCAAACCCUCCAGACCCUCGCUUGUGGUUAAAAGGAUCCCAGCCUCCGUCUCCUCCACCGCCAACACCACUACCUCAGCCAUUGCAAAUCGCAGCCGCCACUCCACGGCGAAUAGCAGAGUUCCAAAAAAGACUGUCAGUAUGUGA